UGGGGCGGGCCGGGGCGGGGUCGCAGCACCUGCGGGCGGUGCCGCUUUCACCUGCGGCUCGGCAGCGGCAGCGCUCGGUAGCUCCGUCCCGUCCCGCACCGUCCAGCACCGGCACCGAGCCAUGGGGCGGCAGCGGGGCUCCCUGGCCCCCCUCUGCUUCCCCCUGCUGCUGCUGCUCCAGGUGGGCGGCCGGCGGUGCGACGAGGCAGCCCCCUGCCAGCCCGGCUUCGCCGUGGAGACCUUCGCCUUCACCGUGCCCCGGGAAAGCGUGGCGGCCGGAGGGGUGCUGGGACGAGUGAGGUUCUCGGGCUGCGGCGGGCGGUCGCAGGCCGUGUAUGUCCCAGACGACACACGCUUCGAGGUGGACGAGGAUGGCGUCAUCCGGACGAAGCAGCCGCUGCAGCUCCACGGGGGGGAGAUCCGCUUCAGCGUCUCUGCCCUGGAUGCCACGGGCAAGAGGCACUGGGCCUGGGUGACUGUGGAAAAGAGCAGGUCAAGGCAACAUCACCGCCGCAGCUACCAGGACGGGGUGCCCUACAUGCUCGCGUUCCCCGAGUCCGGCCCUGGCCUCCGAAGGCAGAAGAGGGACUGGGUCAUCCCCCCCAUCAGCUGCCUCGAGAACCACCGAGGGCCCUUCCCCAUGAAGCUGGU